AGUAUCGCAACGCCAAUCAACGAAACUAGAACUCAGUUGACUUUUGUCUACCGAAAGGAAAUAUCUACUAUUAUACAAAAUGGCCGAUCAACAAGUUCAAACCCCGAAGUUGGAAGAUUUGCCCAAAGUGGCUGAAAAUCUCAAGAGCCAACUAGAACACUUCAACACUGGAGCGUUGAAGGACGUCGAGACCCAUGAAAAAGUGGUUCUUCCCACCGCUGAAGAUGUGCAACAGGAAAAGCAGCACAACCAGUUCAUUCAAAGUGUCGAAGGUUUCAGUACCGACGCCCUUCGAAAGACGGAAACGGUUGAGAAAAUCGUUCUGCCCAAUGCCGAAGAUGUACAACAGGAGAAGCAACACAACCAGUUGAUUCAGAGUGUCGAAGGUUUCAGUGCCGACGCCCUUCGAAAGACGGAAACGGUAGAAAAAGUCAUCUUACCGAAUGCCGAAGAUGUGCAACAGGAGAAGCAGCACAACCAGUUCAUUCAAAGUGUCGAAGGUUUCAAUACCGAAGCCCUCCGUAAAACGGAAACAGUAGAGAAACUCGUCCUGCCCAAUGCCGAAGAAAUGGCCACGGAGAAAGCUGUGGAGACGGUUUUGAAGGGAAUCGAAGGGUUCGACCCCUCUCAACUUAAGCACACCGAGACCCAAGAGAAAGUCGUCCUUCCGGAUGCUGAAGCUGUCCAACAAGAAAAGACGCAGCAGAAUUUGCUUCAUGGUGUUGAGUCAUUCGACAAAUCUGCAUUGAAACCCACUGAUACCGUGGAGAAGAUUAUCCUUCCUGCUACGGAAGAUAUUGCUCAGGAGAAAGGUCAACAGCAAUUGCGCGAAGGUAUUGAGACCUUUGAUCCCGCCAAUCUGAAGCACGCCGAAACCCAGGAGAAAAAUCCACUGCCAACUAAGGAAGCAAUCGAGCAAGAAAAGCAGAACUAGAACUAGUUCACUCGCAUUCUCUUCAAGUAUAAUAUGGUCGGUGGCGAGGGUUGGAAGACAUGUAUUUCAACUAUUUUGCAUUGCCAUACAUGGUUUCGAGUCCAGCCAUUGGUUGCUCAGGUUGGACUCCUUCCCUUGAAAACGAUUGUUUUUUUCUUGUUUUUUUAUAAUGGGAAUAUCAUUAUUUGCGUGGGAGAAUGAAAUAAUUCAUGAGCACUUGCUGAACUUCCGAUAUUAACUUCUCGCCAUCUUAUUUUUCUGCAUUGCCAAUUGCCGAGUAGGACAGCAAUGAUCGCCUCGGAAGUAUUUGGUGUUUUCACCCUAUUUUCCAACUUAUCCCAUAUCGGUGCUUGAUUAUCCCAAUCCCCCAAAUUCAAUGCUUCUGUUCUUUGCUAAAUUUCUCGCGGUUGCCUUUAUAUCUUUCUCUAGUUCAUUACCAGAAAAAAAAAAUGCAAAUAUCUUCUAUAGAGCUUCGUUUUCCUCAUUCCACACAGAUUCGAUUCAUCAUACCUUAUCUGUUAUCUGCCAGUGCUGUCUCAAUCAUUUAUGAAAAAUGGAAAAAGUCGAAGCCUCGAUUAGUUCGAACUAUCAAACCCCUGCAAUUUUAUUUUAUCAUUAUUUAAUCAUAUAGUUUCUUUUCAAAAUCAUCGGGAGUCAACUGGAGCUUGUUUAAUAAACACCAUACUUGGAAGAAGA